AAGGCGCCACAGGCACAAACUGUUUGAAAUACACGGUGAUGGUGCUGGCAGCGGAGAGAAGAUCCGAGAAGGUCACGCGACUCUGUUCGAAGGUUAUCAGAAGUGUGACGUUUCCUCGCUCUGAGGAUCUUCUUGAUUGAUUAAAUCGACAUCGCUGCACGCCCGACACUACCAUCAAACAUGCUGCCGCGAUUUCUGAGGCCAACUCUAACCGCUGCUCAACAAGGAGCUAAGCGGCUGUCCACCAGUGCCAGAUGCGAUACCAAGGUUGCUGUAAUGGGAGCAAGUGGCGGCAUUGGCCAGCCACUGUCGUUGCUCCUCAAGCAAUCGCCCCUUGUUUCCGAAUUGUCACUGUACGAUAUCGUAAACACACCUGGCGUCGCAGCCGAUCUUUCACACAUCGAUACACCAGCAAAAGUUAAAGCUUACAACGGCCCAGAUCAGCUGAAGGAUUCUCUAAAAGGAGCUCAGGUUGUUAUCAUACCUGCUGGCGUCCCACGUAAACCAGGCAUGACUCGUGACGAUCUCUUUAAUACAAACGCUUCCAUUGUCCGGGAUCUCGUAGUCGCUAUGGCAGAGGUUGCGCCGAAGGCCUGCGUAGCAAUCAUUUCGAAUCCCGUUAAUAGCACAGUACCGAUCGCCAGCGAAGUGCUGCAGAAAGCAGGUGUCUACGACCCCAAUCGCGUCUUUGGAGUAACUACGUUGGAUAUUGUCAGAGCAAACACGUUCAUUGCGGAGGCAAAAAGCCUGAAUCCGCAGAAAACAUCCGUGCCGGUUAUUGGCGGGCACAGCGGCAUCACGAUUAUUCCACUGAUUUCGCAGUGUACACCAUCGGUUUCGUUCCCAGACGAUAAAUUGAAGGCGCUCACGGAGAGGAUCCAAGAGGCCGGUACUGAAGUCGUCAAGGCCAAAGCCGGCACUGGAUCCGCGACUUUGUCGAUGGCUUAUGCGGGCGCGCGAUUUGGUAUCUCGUUGAUCAGAGCGCUCAAUGGAGAGGCCGGUAUUGUCGAGUGCUGCUACGUUAGAUCGAACAUUACUGAUGCCAAAUACUUCUCCACGCCGGUGCUCUUGGGUAAAAACGGAUUGGAGAAGAACUUUGGCUAUGGUAAACUGAGUAGCUUCGAGCAGAAACUUUUGGACGCUGCUAUUCCUGAACUCAAGAAGAAUAUUCAAAAAGGAGAGGACUUCGUGAACAAGAAGUGAAAUGUUGGAUCUAAAUUAAACAAAUCGUGAGAUAUGCCGGAUUGCACAAGAAGGGAAUGCGAUCGGCCUUUGUUACUCAUCCUGUAAUUCAGUGACGAAUCGUCACUACGAUCGUAUCGAGAACCAAACAUUUUCUCAAUUACAGUGACCACGAAAAUCCCGCGAAUAUAUCUCGAUAUCUGAUAAUAUAUAUAUGUAUAUACGUAUGUAAAUGUUUAACUAGUUUGUUAAACUAUAAAUUGUAUUAUAAUACAAGGAUAAACUGCCAAGCGGAAAUAUAAGUAUAUAAAGUAGUGGGCAAAAGAAA